UUUCGAGUGUUAAAAAUAUCAGCAAAAACGAAACGUAAGGUUACUAUUAUUUUGAAAAGUAAAUAUCCACCCGGAAGCGCUUAUUUCGAAACCUGAUCUGUCAGGAUGAGAGCUGUGACUGAAGUAAUGUCAAAGUUCCGCCUGGCUGUGGUCCAGCUGCGGGUGAGCAGCGUUAAAGCGGACAACCUGAGCAGAGUCCGGAGGCUAGUGAAGGAGGCAGCGGGACAGGGCAGCAAAGUGGUGCUGCUGCCGGAAUGCUUCAACUCUCCAUACGGAACAAGCUUCUUCUCCACCUAUGCUGAGAAAAUCCCAGGAGAAUCGACCCAGGCGUUGUCGGAGGUAGCAAAGGAGAAUAAGCUGUAUCUAGUGGGAGGGUCCAUCCCUGAAGAGGAUGCUGGGAAGCUGUAUAACAGCUGUGCUGUGUUUGGCCCUGAUGGAGAGAUGAUUCUCAAACACCGGAAGAUUCACCUGUUUGACAUAGACGUUCCAGGGAAAAUCCGCUUCCAGGAGUCUGAGACGUUGAGCCCUGGAAACAGUCUGUCCAUGUUUGACACGCCGUUCUGUAAAGUGGGUGUGGGAAUCUGCUAUGACAUGAGGUUUGCAGAGCUCGCCCAGCUCUACAGCAGGAAAGGCUGUCAUCUGCUGGUUUACCCCGGAGCCUUCAACAUGACGACAGGCCCCGCCCACUGGGAGCUGCUACAGAGGGGGAGGGCCGUUGAUAACCAAGUAUACGUGGCCACAGCAUCACCUGCGAGGGAUGAAGCUGCUUCCUACGUGGCUUGGGGUCACAGCACUGUUGUGAACCCAUGGGGAGAGGUCAUUGCCAAGACUGGACCUGAGGAAACCAUCAUCUAUGCUGAUAUUGACCUGCAGUACUUGGCUGACAUCCGGCAGCAGAUCCCAAUCACAUCUCAGCGUCGGGACGACCUCUAUACAGUGACGUCUGUGCAGCAGGGAUCGAGCUGAACGCUGCAAAUCGGAUCACGUUCUUUAAAUAUGAAUUAAAUAAAUCAAACCUAAAUAAUCCUGGUUUUUGUUAUUAAGAAGACUGACAAUAUUUAGUCAUUGAUGGAGUUAUGGCACAAGUCAUUCAUCUGUUUAUCGCAGCGCUGAAGGCGUUUAUCCAGUUUAGAACCAAACUUCAUGUGAAGAAAGAUCGUUCUGCAGAAAGUCUCUUCUGCAGUGAGUUCAUGUUUAAAUGCUAAAUUGUCAUUGCAAAGAAAAACUGAAUGCUUCACUGUUAAGAAUCAAACCUGUUUAUAUUAGACCAUCCAGCUGCAGUUUUACACGUUUGGAUUUCUGUCUUGGUUGCUCACACAAAUCCACAAUCAAUCAUUUCUGGUUUUUGCACAUGAGAAAUGUUCUGUUUAUAUCUGCUUUGUGUUGUGAUUGAGCUCGAAAAGAAUGUCAGCCAUUUGCCAUAAUUUCCACCUUUUACAUGUGUAUGGGAGAAAAAUACAAUGGAAACCGUCUCCUUUGUCACAAAUCACAGUAGAUUCCUAAUAAAACGUCAGGGUGAAAUAA